AUGAUAGGAUUGCAUUGCAAGAGGAGGAAACUGAUUAAUACAGACGAAGGAAGUUCAAUGGAUGUAGAACCGUUCGAUCCAUUUUCAAUAAACUAUUUGGCAGAAGAGUUAGAUUCUGGCAAAUAUGGAAACCUUACUGAAGAUAUUCGGAACCUUCUCUUGAGGAGGAGACUGUCAUUAGAUGCUCGGUAUGCAAAAGAUAAUGCACUUCCUUGUAAACAUUCAGUUGUGAAGAAUAAACAGGCAUCAAAGGCAGCUGGACUAGCUCCUACCAAUGUCAUUGACGUGGAGGAUAACGAUGACGAUGAUGGAAGUAGAGCUGCUGUUGUCAAACAAUUUGUUUCGGCUGGGCGGCUAGCCUCGUCAACUAGGCAUGGUAUUCUUCAUUUGGAAGAUGAAGAUGAAAUUAGCGAGAAGCUUUUAUGUCCCCACCAAGAAGUUGACUUGAAGAAGCCCAAUUGCAACCUUCUUAUGGAGGACUUUGUGGAACAGGAUGAUGAUAAAGGUCAAACUUCAAGAGGAGAUGCACAUCUUACCAAUGAAAAUGAAAUGGUUAAUGACAUUGUUCCACAUGUUGGCAUAGAGGAUGACUUGCAAAUGGUGGAAGGGGAUAGACAUUCAGCCGCCUAUUCUGAUGAUCUGAAUGGCAUUUGGAAUGAGAUGGCUGUGGCAUUAGAGUGUUCAGAGAAUCGUGCUGCAGAGUCUCUACCAGAUGAAAAUGAAGCUGAGACCAGAGAAGACUGUGAACAUUCCUUUAUACUGAAAGAUGAUAUUGGUGAGGGUGCAAAGAGUACAAGAACUAAUAGAUACGAAGGACGAACUACUGAAGACUGGGAUCAAAGGGGAAUCCUUUCUGAUGAGUUAGAACCAUCCGCUACAGAUUUCUCGGUUGCUGAAAUUUACCCACAUCCACGGCACAAGAGGGAGAUGAAGCCCCAUCAAGUUGAGGGCUUCAAUUUUCUUGUAAGCAAUCUGGUGACGGAUAAUCCAGGAGGUUGUAUCAUGGCUCAUGCACCUGGCUCUGGAAAAACCUUCAUGAUAAUUAGUUUCCUUCAGAGUUUCAUGGCCAAAUAUCCAUUUGCAAGACCACUUGUUGUACUGCCAAGGGGCAUCUUGGCAACCUGGAAGAAAGAGUUCCUUAGAUGGCAAGUGGAAUGUUGGCCUCUAUAUGACUUCUACUCCGUUAAAGCAGACAGUAGAUCUCAGCAACUACAAGUUUUAAGUGACUGGGCAAAAGAGAGGAGCAUUUUGUUCUUGGGGUAUAAGCAGUUCUCUUCCAUAGUAUGUGAUAGUGGUACUGGAAAAGCUGCUAUAUCUUGUCAAGAGAUAUUGCUGACAGUUCCGACUAUUCUAAUUCUAGAUGAAGGUCACACUCCAAGAAACCAAGACACAGAUAUUUUGACCUCCCUCGAGAGGGUCCAGACACCAAGAAAGGUGGUGCUCUCUGGAACACUGUACCAGAACCACGUCAAAGAAGUUUUCAAUAUUCUGAAUCUUGUUCGUACUAGGUUUCUGAAAUUGGAGACUUCUAAAGAAAUAAAGAGACGUAUCUUGAGCAGGGCAGAAAUUUCAGGUACAAGAAACUUACUGAAAAGGGGCACGGAAAAUGAUUUCUAUGAUUUAAUAGAGCACACAUUGUUAAAAGAUGAUAACUAUACGAGGAAGGUUACUGUAAUACAAGAUCUACGGGAAAUGACAAGAAAAGUAUUACACUAUUACAAGGGAGACAACUUGGAUGAACUUCCAGGUCUUGUUGAUUUCUCUGUCUUUCUUCAGCUCAGCCCCAAGCAACAAACUGAAGUUGAAGAGCUUAGGAACUUUGGCCAAAAGUUCAAAAUAAAUGCAGAAGGGAGUGCGGUAUAUGUUCACCCACGGUUGAAGAAUUUCUUGAAGAAUUUUGGGGUUAGAGACAGAGUUGAUGAGGGGAAAAUUGAUUUAAUUUUGAAGAAACUUGAUUUGAGAGAAGGUGUAAAGGCUAAAUUCUAUAUGAAUCUACUCCAGCUUUGUGAAUCUAGUGGUGAGAAGCUGUUGGUAUUCAGUCAGUAUCUCCUGCCUCUAAAAUUCUUGGAGAGACUGAGUGAAAAAGUGAAGGGUUAUAGGCUUGGCAAGGAAAUGUUCAUGAUAACUGGUGAUUCAAAUUAUGAGACGCGGGAGAUUUACAUGGAGAGAUUCAACAAUUCAUCAGAUGCUCGCGUGUUCUUUGGUUCGAUCAAAGCCUGUGGAGAAGGGAUAUCUCUUGUAGGGGCUUCACGUAUUAUUAUAUUGGAUGUUCAUUUGAACCCAUCAGUAACCCGCCAAGCAAUAGGACGUGCAUUUCGACCUGGCCAGGUGAAAAAGGUAUAUGCAUACAGAUUGGUUGCUUCCAGCUCACCAGAAGAGGACGACCACAUUACAUGCUUUAAGAAGGAAUCCAUUGCAAAGAUGUGGUUUGAAUGGGAUGAAUACAAUGGCUGCCGAAGUUUUGAAAUGGAGACAGUAAAUGUGAAGGAUUGUGGCGAUUUGUUUUUGGAAACUGAUCAAAUGAAUGAAGAUGUAAUUGCUGUCUUUAAAAGCUACAAAACUUGUGGAAUUGAUCUGGGGAAUGUAGAUGUCAUGAACCGUUAG